AGGCGAAGGGCGGCGCUGCUGCUGGUGGCUCUCUGCCGGCGGGGCUCCCGGCGAGGGCUCCGGCGGCAGCCAGAGAGGGAUGCUGCUGCUGCCCCGGCGGCGGCGGCAGAAGCAGCAGCAGCAGGAGGCGGAGGCGGAGGGCCGGGGAAAGAAGGGCGCCUGAAGGGAAGGGGCCCGAGUCCCGCCAUGGAGGAGGCCUCCUUCUCCUCCUCCUCCGCCGGAGAGCCCCGCCAAGGCCCUCCGCCCCCGGCGCCUGCUGCGGCUGCUGCUCCGGGGCUGUCCUCGGUGGCCGAGCAGAUCGUGGCCGCCGACCUGGCCUCCGCCGCCGCCGCCGUGGCCGCUCCCUCGGGGCCCGGGGCCUCCUCCUCGGGGUCGGGCUUCGUGCAGAGGCAGCUGGGCGCCAUGCUGCAGCCGGCCAUCAACAAGUUCUCGCUCCGCAUGUUCGGAAGCCACAAGGCCGUCGAGAUCGAGCAGCAGCGGGUCAAGUCCGCCGGGACCUGGAUCAUCCACCCCUACAGCGACUUCAGGUACUACUGGGACUUGAUCAUGUUGCUGCUUAUGGUGGGAAAUUUGAUCAUCUUACCAGUAGACACCUUUUUCAAGGAUGAGAACACACCACGGAUUGUCUUCAAUGUCCUCUCUGACACCUUCUUCCUGGCUGACUUGGUCCUGAAUUUCCGUACAGGUAUUGUGGUUGAAGACAACACUGAAAUCAUCUUGGAUCCACACACCAAGAUGAAGUACCUUAAGAGCUGGUUGGUUGACUUUGUUUCCUCCAUCCCUGUUGAAAUCUUCCUGAUUGUAGACCUGGAGACUCAGGUAGAUUCUAUGUCUAUAAAAGGGCACGGGCACUAGUAUUGUCCGAUUCACAAAGCCCUCAGCCUGUUACGCCUCCUUCGACUCUCCCUCAUCCGUUACAUCCACCAGUGGAGGAGGUGGAUUUUCCACAUGACUUAUGACCUGGCCAGUGCUGUGGUACGGAUCUUCAACCUCAUCGGGAUGAUGCUUCUACUGUGCCACUGGGAUGGGUGCUUGCAGUUCCUAGUCCCCAUGUUGCAGGACUUCCCCGAGGACUGUUGGGUCACCAUCAACCACAUGGUGAAUGACUCUUGGGGAAAACAGUACUCCCAUGCUUUGUUCAAGGCCAUGAGCCAUAUGCUAUGCAUUGGGUAUGGUCAGCAGGCACCUGAAGGCAUGACUGAUGUUUGGCUGACAAUGCUGAGUAUGAUUGUGGGUGCCACCUGUUACGCCAUGUUCAUCGGCCACGCCACUGCACUUAUUCAGUCACUGGACUCCUCUCGACGACAGUACCAGGAGAAGUACAAACAAGUGGAACAAUACAUGUCCUUCCACAAAUUACCAGGAGACACACGCCAACGGAUCCAUGAGUACUAUGAACACCGGUACCAGGGGAAGAUGUUUGAUGAGGAGAACAUCCUGGGGGAGUUGAGUGAACCCCUCAAAGAGGAGAUCAUCAACUUCAAUUGCCGCAACUUAGUGGCCAAUAUGCCACUUUUUGCCAAUGCUGACCCCAACUUUGUGACGGCCAUGUUGACCAAGCUGCGCUUUGAAGUCUUCCAGCCAGGGGACUUUAUCAUCCGAGAGGGCACUGUGGGGAAGAAGAUGUUCUUCAUCCAACAUGGUGUGGUCAGUAUCCUCACUCGUGGCUCCAAGGAAAUGAAGCUCUCGGAUGGCUCCUACUUUGGAGAGAUCUGCCUCCUCACUCGUGGUCGGCGAACUGCCAGUGUACGUGCUGAUACCUACUGUCGCCUCUAUUCGCUUUCAGUGGACAACUUCAAUGAAGUCUUGGAAGAGUAUCCCAUGAUGCGUCGGGCCUUUGAAACUGUAGCUAUGGACCGCCUUGACCGCAUAGGUAAAAAGAACUCAAUCCUGCUGCGCAAGCGCUCAGAACACAGCUCCAGCACCAUAAACAACGAAAUAAUCCAGCAGAUUGUCAAACACGACCAGGACACAGCCCACAACAUCCAGGACCUCCAAUCGGUGAUGGCUGGCCGAGAACUCAGUUGCAAGCCAGUGAUCUGGGAACCACUAGUCCAUGCCCCACUGCAGACAGCUGCAGCCACCACCAAUGUGGCCAUUGCCUUGACGCACCAGCAGAGCAUCGCAGCUCACAUCUUCCUGCCCUCUUCCUCUGUCUCCAGCCCUCUCUCACCUGAUUCUGUCCUCAUUCCACGCCACCCACGGCGCUCCCAACCCAGUCUGGGUGGUUCCCGGCCUUCCUCAGUCAGCUCUCCUGCCUCAGGGACUCAGUCUCAUUUUCAGACGCCAGUGGCCGGGUCCCCUUCCUCCCCCAUGGUCCAGUCUGCAUCACCUUUCGAAGGUGUUGGGUCCAAGGGAGGCCCUUUGGGAUCGGCCAUUCCUCGCCCAAUCCAAAGGGGAGAACCUAUCACAGGAGCAGGCCAACCUCAACUCUCCAAGUCCCGUGGCACUUCAGUCUCCACCUCACUCCUACAACAGCCAGCCACCAGCCCUUUGUCCAUACCACCUGGGCAAACUCUCCAUUACAGCCUCUCCCGAGCCACUGGAUCGCACAUCUCCUUGUUCUUGCAGCCUCAACAGUUGGUGAAGCACCGGAGCACGCAAGGCCUUUCAGUGGGCUGCCUCACCCAGGAUGUACGCGCACUUUCGGCCUCCCAGCCCUCCUUGCCUAAUCGGCUCACUCAGCAGGUGGACAUAGGCUCUUCCAAGUCAGCCAGGAAGUCUGCUGGGAAUCUUACGCAUCGUUCCUCUCCUUCAGUCCCAGGUCUCUUAGCCAAACCUCCCACUGACCCUAUGGGGCAGCCUGCUCCACCCCAGCAGGUGCCUUCAGGUUCCAGCCGCUCAGUGAGUGGAGCCAGUACCCCACAGUCCCCUGCUUCAACACCCCGACAUCCCUCUGUCCCUUCACGCAAGGGUUCUGUGGCAUUCAGCCCUGAUGUGGACAUUGGGAAACCUAAGUUCACAUCCAACAUGUGAGGUCCACAGUAAGCUACAGCUGUAGCUCCUGAUGCAGGAAGGAGAAAAGCCAGCCUAUAGGAAAAGCAGGCCUUGAGGGCUCAACCAGAAAUGUGUUGGAUGGGGAGGAUACACACAUGGAGCAUAUACCACCACUGGCAAGCUAUCAGGCCCAGAAGGGAGUGGGGCAGGCCUGGCCAUAUCUGAGUGGAGAGUGGGGGGGAAAGCCUCACAGAAAGCACAAAAGCACCUUGCUUCCCAGUCAUUCCAACUGCAGCAAGGCAUUCUCCAAAAGCUGAGCUAAAUCCUAUCUGUGUCCAAGGUUGGAGGAGAGCUAGGCUGACAGCCCCUCAGUCAGUCUUAAGUGAUGAACCUGCCCUCCUGUGGGGGGAAACACAUCUCUACUUCAGAGGUAGUACCACUGCACAUUCCUGCUAAGCCUUCUUUUGAGGGUGGCUAAUGGGUUUUGCCUCACAGCUAUGUCUGAGGUCCUCAGGACCUGUCUUAGGGGCCUACUGCUUGUGGUGGAAGGGCACCAUGAAGAGCAAGAGGGUAGGUUUUGACAAAGGAACCUAGAAAAUAGAGCUGUUCUAGAGCCCCUCUCCAUCAGAACAGCUUGUGUUUUUAACAUGGAAGACCUAGCUGAAAAACAGGCCUAACAGCCCUCAACAUAAUCAAAGGAGCUUAUGUUCACAUACAAAAAGUGCACCACAAUCUAUAGCUCUGGGCAAAUGACUUUGAAAACACCCCUUGACAAGUGCCCCCCUCCAUCCCCUUCCCUUUAGGAAUAUCUAAAGAUAUUUCUCCCUGUCUCUGUCCCGAAAUUUGUGCAAUAUACAUCUACAGAUGUCUUGUGUGAAUGUAACAGUAGAAACCCUGGUUCCAUGGAAGAACCAAUGAGCAUUGGUUUGCCCUGUCUCCCAGUUCUCCCAAAUCCAUUGUUCUGUCUAACCCAGAGACCUUGGGUUGGUCAGCCAAACCUGAUCUUGCUACUACUGCCAUUUGUUCAGCUUCUUUGAUGGGCUUGGGACAUUGGGAGUACCCCCCCAAAUAUAUAUACCAUCAGAUGGUACACUGUGGCUUCUCCCCAAUCCUGUCUCAGGUAGCCCCCUUACUUGAAGGUACACAAUUGUCUACCUAGAAAGGCCAGUGUGCAGACUCCUCUAGGGAUUGAAAUGUUGACUUGAGCCCUAGCUAACUGAAAACCCAGGAAUCACAUAUACUUCUACUUCACAUUAACAGAGCUAAAAUCUGCUGCUGCUGCCUGGGUCCAUUCACUGGAGUUGUGCCCUACAAUUUUUUUAAACUCUCAUUUAAAUUUGUUCAUUGAAAUGAUGGAUCAAUGAGCUCUGCAUACAUUUGAUUCUGGGGAAAAAGCCAUAGUUUUAAAGGGAAAGCAACUCUGUUAAAGUUUCACCUUAGAUCAGAAAUAUGAAACAUGCUCCAUAGGUGGGAUGUGGCCCCUGUCAACCGCCCAGUGCUGACUGUGGCACCUAGGGGCCAAAGUUUGACAGUGCCCUAUCCAUUUUAAGUGCCACCACUGAAAUUUGUCUAGGAAUGAAGGGAGUCAUAGUCCCCACAUUUCCAAAGGGGACCAUAUUGGGGAAGGCUGAUCUCACCAAUUAAAUUUAUCGACAAAUGCCAAACAGCCAUUCUCACAUCCAAUACUUUGUAGUCUCCACUACAGAGUAGUCUCUCCUGGACUAAGCCACUUCUAAUGGCAAAGGAGGGGAUGCGAGUAUGAAUGUUUCUCCUAAAAAUGUUCAUUUGAUUGCAUUGUUUUAGGGAGAGGAUUUUUAACUUACCUUUGCCUCUGCCAUUCCUACUUUCCACAUAAAGAAGGUGGUUUGCAUUUUAAAAAUCAUUGUGAUUUGUAAGUACAGAAGAGUGGUUAAAGUAUGUUAAGGCCCACUUUAUCAUCAGUUAACAAUUUUGUGCCUGCAUUCUUUGGACCUGCAUUGCAGUUAAGGCCACUUAAAUGCACAUUAGUAACUUCUUAACACAUUUAAAAGAUUACUUUGUACAAUGUGCUAGAAAGAGCAGCAGAUGAGUGCACAGUGUCCUCCAUCUUCAGUGUAGGUUUGUGAGAACUGUACAAUUAUAAAUGAGCAUUGAUAAAGGUGGCAGUUAUCCCUGGAAUGAGGAAGCAAAAUGUGUAUGAAAAUAUUGGAUAUGUUCUCCUGGUUCUGUUUGUCUCUAUAUUCAGAGGAAGUCCUUCCUGGAUCCUUCCUAUAACCCAAAUUGCAAAAGAGUAACCAUUUAGGUUUACAAAAUAGGUUUGUAUGCCAGUUUUGUUUUGCAGGUUCUCUUUAUUAUGUUCUGCACAUCUUGCAGAGAGUGAAUUCAUUGGGAAGUGUUAGACUUCCACCCUCCUUUCUAUAUGAGUGGCAUAUCAUUGAAAGAGAAAUAAAUCUGGACUCAGCCACCUCACUCCCACUGUGGGUACCUAUCAGAAAUGCCCAUCAUCAGCCAGGAAGGGUCAUAACAGGGUAGCAGAGUUCCCUCUGCCCACUCCCCUACUUGUGCCUAAACAAUGCCAGUGCUGGUGGAGGGUGUCUUUUGGGUCCGGGGCAGCCUUCUAUCCAGAAAAGCCAGCACCCCGUCUUCCCUUUCUUAUGGGAGCUCCAAGGUUCUGCUCAACUUCUCCAGGAACCAGCUAGUUUGCAAUGUGCACUGUGUGGCUCUGCCAAGUGGCCAAAUUUUAUGUGUCAAGGUGUUGCUUUCUGUCCUAGACAUAUUAAUGAUUUAGGGCAGAUUAGUUGCCCAGAGCCUUUCUAGAUUUCUCCUUUCUCUGAUCUUUCCCUCCAAUAGUUCAGCCAUUUCUCGGUACAGUGCUUUUCUUUCUACUACCAGAGUUUGGUGCAGGCCACAACUGGAGGCGGGAGGAGGCAUCUGUUCUGAUUUGUCCGUCAUCCCCAGAAAGGGGAAAGGAAAAGAAAGAAGGGAUUUCUGCUCCAAUCGGCAAACUCCCCCUUCCUCUAGAUUGCUGCUAAUCUCUCCCUCACCCCCAAAAUAGAGAUGGGUAGAGAAGUAGUAGAUAUUUGUUGUUUUGCUUGCUUGUUUGGUUCUUGCAGGAUGUCUUUCAGAUUAAAGUAGACCUCUGGUAGUUUAGACUGACCUGGCAAGACAUCACUAUGAGACGUGCUGCAGAGGGAUGUGCCAGGACUGCCUUGAUGCUUUUCCCUUUGACCCUCAUAGCUCCUCUGGCAGGAGCACUUUGUUCAGUCAUCGUCACGUAGGUUCAAAACAUUCCAAAACAUCUUGUUUACAAUCAAUCAAUACAAUUUAUUGAGUAGCCCAAGGGCCGUUUCAAAAUACUAGUAACAUAAUAAAAAGCAGUAAAAUGUAAAUACAGUGCACUAGGUGCAAUAAACCUCCAUACAAUAUAAAUACA